GUCGGCAGCACCAAGUCUGCGACUGUUUCUCCCACCCCUCGUACAGCCGGCAGCCCGGAAAAUCCUCAAACGCAAGGCCCUGUACAAGAAAUAAUCCACUCGGGAGUGUCGUUAGCCCACCAUGAUAGCACGACGCGCCCGUUCCCCGCUCCUCCUUCUCGCCGGCGUGCUCAUAGGCCUCCUCCUCGGACGUGCUUUCCCUAACUACAACAGUCGUCUGCCCAUCUUCGUCUCCCGCGUGACCUCAUCCAACAAAGUCACCCUCCCCACCCUCGAGCAGCGCCGCCGCGUCCUCGACCUCCUCACCACCCUCACGCCCCACUACACCACCGAGUGCACGCGUAGCUCGCAACCUCUCUACGCCGAGCAGGUCCGCGAGCGCUAUGCCUCGCUUAUCGGUCACCAGGCCCCCUCGCGCACAUCCAACUGGUUCUCGUCAUGGGGCUUCUCAGGGCUCAACGACUCGCCCAACGUGGACGCCGCGACGCAACAGGCGAUCAUCGGGGGCAAGGAGCACAAGUACUUCUUCGCGAUCAACCUGUACAACUCAUUCGACGUCAUCCCGGACCUGUUCGCGACGCUCUUUAGGGUCAGCUCGAUCCUGGGGUACAACAACGUGUUCGUGUCGAUCUACGAGAACGGCUCGUCGGACCAGACCAAGGCGCUCCUUCGCAUAUACGACGCGCUCUGCCGCAGCGUCGGGCUGAGGAUCACGAUCCGGACGUCGACGCGCACGAGGGGCGCGUUCAACCACCGUAUCGAGUACCUCGCGGAGGUGCGGAACCAGGCGUUCAACCCGCUGCACGAGCUGCGGGACGCGCACAAUGAAUACUUCGACUCGAUCAUUUUCAUGAACGAUAUUUUGCCCUGCGUGGACGACCUCCUGGAGCUUAUCUGGCAGAGCAGGAGGAAUAACGCGGGUAUUACGUGCGCGGCGGACUAUAUGUACCACGAGGAGCUUGGUUCACCCGUGUUCUAUGAUAACUGGGUUGCACGCGACAUCAACGGCACCGCACUCGAGAACGCUCCCUUUGAGACGAUCUUCCACCAUACCUCGUCCCAAGAGCGCUUCCAGCUGCACCUCCCCAUCCAGGUCCAGUCCUGCUGGAACGGCAUCGCUGUGCUGGAUCCUGCUCCCUUCUACACGCCGCCAUACGUUCGCUUCCGCAUGGCCCGGCUAAUGGAAGAAGAGUGCUCUGCGAGCGAGUGUUCGCUCAUCUGCAACGACUAUUGGGAGGCGGGUUACGGAAGGAUUAUGAUGGUGCCAAGAGUGAAGCUUGCGUAUGAUCACAGGGUAUGGGACAUCAUCCACCCCUCGCGGCGCAACCUCUCCGCAAUCAGAGGCUACGUCCGCCUCGGUGGCCUGCCCGACAACCCGCGCACGGAUCCCCAAGAUCGCUCGUGGUUCGGUCCGCACGACCGCCUGUUCACACCAGAGGAGAGCGAGGAGCUCGAUUUCCAGGCCGGUCCUUCGCAUGUGUGGUGUUGGGGAUGGGACGGCGCUGGUGAUCUCGAUGGACCCGACGUGGACCCGAUCUGGGAGGAGAUGCCUGGUCGCUCGAAGGCGGCGGAUGCGGUGAACGUUAAGCACUUCAGGAGUCUGCCUGGAUACUAAAACUCUAGAUAAUAUAUACUAAUGCGAUGAUUUACGUGGGUCUUGUACUAGAUUCCC